GUUCACACUCCCCAACAUCAUUUCAGGAGCCACAAUCCGCCGACUGGAGGGAUCACUCCCUUGGUGAAAUGAUGGGCUCGUCCGGCCGACACUUUCCCAAUGACCAACCGCCAUCCCUCCGCGCCGACGCCCACGUCGAACUCCUGGCCUCCCUGACGCGCAUCAACACCUACAACCCUCCCGUCCAGACCUGUUCGACCGGGUGGACAUUCCACGGCCUCUACUCCGGUCCUACGUCGGUGGCUUACCUGUUCUUUCGCCUCUCCCGGCUAUACCCCGACCUCAGCUUCAAAGGCCAGUCACUGCUGGACUGGGCACAGGCCUACCUGGACCUGGGCCAGUCGCGGCGCCGCGAGACCGUGGACGCCGACCAUUGUGGGAUCGCAAACGAGGCGCUCGCCCAGCUCGCCGUCCGGGCAGCGAUGGAACAGGACCCGAGUCUCGUCCAGGAACUCUGUGCCUACGAACCCGUCGUCAACGGCGCGGGCACCGGAUCGGACGAGUGGCUGUACGGCCGGUCGGGCUAUCUUUACCACCUGCGCCUGGCGCAGUCGGGCUUCGAGACCGGCUCCCGCGCGAGGGAACUGGUCGAGGCCACCGUCCGGAAGACGGUCCAGCGCGUCCUGGCCUCGAAGCAGCCGUGGACGUGGCACGGCAAGGCGUAUCUGGGCGCCGCGCACGGCACGUUCGGCAUCCUGUGCCAACUCGUCCUGUCCUCCCCCUAUUGCGCCCCGACCGUGGAAGGCCUUCUGUCCUCGCUUCUCGACACGCAACUCCCCAGCGGCAACUUCCCGUCUUCCCUCCCUCCAGGGUCCGAUAAACUGGUACAGUUCUGCCACGGCGGGCCUGGUGCCAUAUUGGCGCUGAGGUCUCUGCGUCCACAUUUCCCAAACCUGCAGGGCAAGAUCGACUCCGCGAUCAAAGCUGCGCAGAGGGACACUUGGGAGAGGGGGCUGCUCACCAAACAGCCUUGCUUGUGUCACGGCGUCGCUGGCAAUGCCUUGGCCCUGGACGACGACGCCGAGUUCCAGCAUUUCCUGGCGUGCAUGUCCUCCGACGCCCUCGAGCGCAUCGGGUGGUUGAAGGAGGCAGGGCGGGACGACCAGUUCGUCGCGCUGUACACAGGGGAAGCAGGGAGAGCGUGGGCUUGGGCCGUUGCGGACAAGGAAUUGCAUGAGAAGACUUGCAUUGGCUUCAACGACCUAUGACUCUAGUGACACCAGGCGCAACGGUGUGGGAACUAGAUAGCGCUUGGGGGGUGAACUGCUCCUGGUCCUGAACUACCUCUCCAGGAUCACAACGGCGCCCCAAUAUUCAGGAAUUUGACACCUCAGCAUCCCCAUACGGCAUAUCCACCACCUUCCCAUCCUUGAUGUACACCUCCUCCCAGCCGAUGGUCCACUCCAUCGAACUCCAGUCAAACAACUUCUCCUCGUCCGGCGCGAUCACCUCGGCGUAGUACGGGUCCUCGCGCGCCUUCUGGAAGCACGACACGUCGGGCAUGAGGAACUCGCCGAC